GUCGAUGCAGAAGUCAAUGGGUGACGACGCGAAUGCCGUCCGACUGACGUACCAGUCGAUUCCGAUGGGAGAGCGUGCAGCGCCGAAAGAAUCGUCUCCGCGAACGUCUCAUGUCCUUGCUGGUAUACUUGCGGUCGUCUUUUGCGUGGUCGUGAUCUUGAGUCUGUGGGCAUUUGCUCAAACCCAAGCUUUCCGUGAACUUGUCCGGUGGGAGCAGGACCAUCAAGUGUUGGGCGGGCUUAUCUACGUCCUAUUUUACGCCGCUUGUGUGGUUCUAUGUUGCCCGUCCACAAUCUUCGAUCUCUUGGCUGGGUACAUUUUUGGCUUUGGAUUUGGCACUGCGGUGGCGAUGGGCGGCAAGACACUGGGAUCUGUUGUUGCCUUCUUGCUUGGGCGAUAUGUCAUGCACGAUACCAUUCGUCGGAAGCUCACCGAAGGCCCGCCAGUGUUACGAGCCUGGGCUCUACUCCUCGAACGCAACGAGCUCCAGUUUGUCUUGCUGCUGCAAUUCGCCUACAUCCCUAUAUUUCUGAAGAACUAUGGUCUCGCCGUCGCGGGCGUGCCAUUUGGACUGUUUUUAUGGACAAACGUCGUCAUUGGUGGUGCGAGAACGUGGCUUGCGGUGUACAUUGGCCAUAGUACCGCGCAUAUCACUGAGAUCCUGACAUCGCAUGCUGCUCGCGGUGAUGCCCGCGUUGCCCAAGAGGUUUUAAUGAUCGUGGCGGUGGUGUCGACGCUGCUUCUUUUCGUCGUGGGGAGCUACCGCACCAAACAAUACCUUGACGAACUGGCGGACAGAGAAGUCAAUGCGCUUGUAGACAAUGGCGACAAGGGUCAUUUUGAAUUGUAACGAAUUUUGAUGUCCUCUCGUGCA